GGUAUAUAGUAUUCCUGCCUUGGCUUUCAGAUUCCAGAAUUUUUACUAAUUACAAUUUGUUGACCCUUAAACACGACCGUGUAUCGGUUAUCAGACAACUCAUAUGAUAAAAAUUCAUGUACUCGUUUCAGUCUGGUGUGAUUUUGACCACGGUUUGUGUUCUGGAUGGAAUCAAUCGUCUGCAGAUGAUUUUAAUUGGACGUUGGCCUAUGGUUCGACGCCUUCCUCUUCUACAGGUCCAGCCCACGGUCAAGGGGGUUCAGGAAAAUAUAUGUUCAUCGAGGCGUCCUCCCCGAGAAAGCCUGGCGAAAUUGCAAAACUUGUGGUUACUGUUCCAAAUAAUGGAAAUCAAUCGUGUCUAUCAUUUUACUAUCACAUGUAUGGGGCGUCGGCUGGAACUCUUAAUGUCUACAGUGGAAAUACCAAAGUUCUUUCUACGUCCGGAAACAAGGGAGAUAAUUGGUUGAUAAUGGAAGCGAACAUAUAUCUGGAUGGAGUGGUAAGUAAAAUAUUACCUCUCACAGAUACUUUGAAAGCUAUAUCAAGCGGUCCAAUUUUAAGUGGAUUUAUUAACAGUAGCCGGCAAUUGUUAGUCUCGGAAGUUAAUUCAAGAAAUUGCUGUAACCUCGGCCUCUAAAUAUCAAGCUGUACGGUUUGCACAUUAUGAAAACCAA